AUGGCAACAUUACUACUCCCAAGUUUUUUCAUGCUACAUUCCGGAGGUAAAUACUUGAGCCUAACGGAGAAUAACCCGCCAACAGCCAACCUACCAUCAGGGAUCUUGAAGUUCGAUGAACAAACAUGGACUAGUCCACGAACCAAGUUUGCAGCCGAGCCAGCAGCUGGCGGGUUGUAUCACAUAAGGUCGGUGUACAAUAAUAAGUAUCUGGUAAUUAUCGGUUCAUCAAAUUCUUGGAUUGUUGCAUCCGCCAAGAAACCAGAGGAAGACACAUCCAAAGGAGCGUCGUGCACGUUGUUUGAGCCUUAUUCCUUGCCAAAUGAUGAUCAAACUACUAUAACAGCUACUGUCCGCUUACGCCACGUUGGGACCGGGAUUUCCGCAACGUUAAGCCCGGGGCCUGCAGAUGAUGAUGAUGAUGAUGAUCAUGGCGUGCUACUACUAUCCUCCUCCACAUCUACUACUGGAUCCUCUUUCAUUCUCAGGGAUAGUGAGACUGCGUUGGUACUACCCUCUCGAGUCGCGUUCAGAUCUCAAGACAUAAAUAACGGCGAUAAUUACCUGGGCUCGAUUUGGCUGUAUGGUAAAUUCAUGUAUCAGCAGUUCCGGUCCGGAUUGGAUAUCGGAGAUCCACGGGUGUCCAAGGAGCUCCUACCCAUUAAUAAUGAAGUUAAUUACUAUCAUAUAAUGGACUUGUACAAUGGCAGAUUAUGGACACGUGCGGAUGGCUGGAUAAGGGCUGAUGUGGAUGAUCCAAGCCUGUCGGACUCAUUUUCCUUCGUCCAAAUUAAAGACAACGUUUUUGCUCUACGCAGUUAUGGCGGUGUGAAUCAAUACUUCUGCGGUCCAUACACCGAGGACGCUUCCGUUAACUGUUUAAACGCGGCUUAUCCUAGCAUCUCAAAGGAGACGAGGCUGGUCAUUGAAGAGGCUGUACUUGAAAGGGAGAUCAAAGAUGUCGAAUACCGGAUCGGAGACUCGAGGGUCUAUGAUGAGCAACCCGUGGAAGUUGACCAUGAGUACGGAACCAACAACUUGCCAACCGACACCUCAAUGACCCUCGAGUUUACCACCACUGAUUCCAGGACCACUAGCUGGAAUAACAGCGUGUCAGUCCAAUUAGGUGUAAAAGUGACGUUCGAGACCACUUAUGUACCAUUUAUCGCCAAGUCGACCGUCGAGCUGUCAGCCGAAUUUGGCUAUACGCAUGAGUGGGGAGGGGAAGUAACAACACAACAUGAAAGAAAGUCGAGUUACACCGUUACGGUUUCGCCAAUGAAGACGGUAAAGGUGACGAUGUUGGCUACCACAGGUAAAUGCGAUGUUCCCUUCUCUUACACUCAGCGUGAUCUUCUGCCGUCGGGUGAAUGGGUUGAAACUAGAAAGGAUGACGGCAUUUUCAAAGGCCUCAACUCCUAUGACAUUCAUUAUAAAUCAGAGGAAGUCGACCCAGAUGAUCAGGAGUAA